CUAUUUUUGUCUGGCUUAUCAGCUUUCUCCCUCACACAUCCCUUCCAUUUGCUUUUAAACUUGUUACUUUUUCCACAUAUUAAUCACUUUGCCCAUGUUUGUCAAUCUCUCUGUACCCAUCUUGCUUUCAGAACUUGUGCCAGCCUCUCAAGUGCUUUGCUCAGUUUCCUCACUUAAUGAGAGAGCCUGGUGCCAGUCUUCCUGAAAAGCCAUUCCAUUCACACUGGUCUCCUUCAAAUCUUUGCCACAGUUUCCCUCUAUGUUGUCCCAGUCACUCUCUCUCUUUCUGUUAUUUUUACCUCCAUUUCUAGCAUGUAAUGCCGCCUUUUUCUACCACCUCGUUCCGGUCUUCUGUUAUACAACUCCAGAAAAGUAUGCACAGUGCCAGCACAAUCUCUGCUCAGUCCAAAGAGAGGCCUCCUCCUUCUUUGCUUGCUUCGCUCUCUUUCAUUUACACUACUCCCCCAUUCCAGAGCAUUAGGUUCAAAGAUGACAUUAACACUGAGUGUUCAUGUCACCAUAUAGCCCUCUCUCUCUCUCUCGCUCUGUUUUUUCAUAGCUCCCAGGACCGUCCCCUCCAGACACAGUUGAGACAUCUCUCUCUCUCUCUCUCUCUCUCUCUCUCUCUCUCUCUCUCUCUCACCCUCUCUCACUUGCACUCCAUCUCUUUUUUAAUCUCUGAAGCAUACUCUGUCUCAUCUUCAUCUCUUUCUACUCUCCGGUUCUCCCUGGAAAUCUAUAUCUUUCCUUUCAUUGGCAAGUGCGGAAGGACGCCUCUCACCUGGGGUCAAAGUCAGGGAAAAACAUUCUCACAUAGAGCGGGGAAGAAAAGAGGCCACAGAAGAUCUUUCAGUUCGAUGGGUGCUGACGAAAUGUAUGACAAGCUGGGAAUGAUCAACAUUCAGACUGGAUCAAACUGGGGCAGCCGGCAGAGCUGGUACCAGGAUACUGCUGUACAGGGACAACACAGCAAUGACAGCUGUCAGCAGCUGGACAGUGAAGGCCUUGGGGUGGGGCCAGGAAAUGAGGACCCAGAAGAGACCCAGCUGCGCCUACAGCUGAAACGCAAGCUCCAGAGAAACAGGACCUCCUUCACACAAGAACAGAUUGAGGCUUUGGAGAAAGAGUUUGAGCGGACACAUUAUCCUGAUGUGUUUGCCCGGGAGAGACUUGCUGCCAAAAUUGACCUGCCUGAGGCUCGCAUUCAAGUUUGGUUCUCAAAUCGCCGUGCUAAAUGGCGCCGUGAGGAGAAAUUAAGAAGCCAACGGCGUGCUGUAGGAGGAGCAUCAUCAGGGCACACUACCAUGAACACAUCCUACAAUUCCAGUGUUUAUCACUCCAUCAGUGCACAAGGUUCCAUUCUCAGUCGUAGUGACUCCUCUCUUUCUAACAGUUAUGGAACAUUAGCCACAAUGCCUGUUUUUACCAUGGCCAACAACUUGCCCAUUCAGCCUGUCCCAUCUCAGACAUCAUCAUCAUAUUCUUGUAUGAUUCCUGCCAGCCCUUCUUCCUCAUCACGGAACUAUGAGUCCACAUUUAAUCCAUCGCAUCUGGGAACAGGAGCCUCAAGUGCCUCCACUGGUUUAAUUUCUCCUGGAGUGUCUGUCCCAGUGCAAGUCCCUGGCAGUGAGCACCAGGACCUGGGCCAAUACUGGCCAAGACUGCAAUGAACCCAGCUACUGCACCCUCAGAUCCAAAAGGACUUCUGGAAUCCCUGCCUUCAGCCAUCCAGAUUAUAGCCAAACAGAACCAACCUAAAUGUGAAUGAAAGCCAUUACAACUCUUCCAGUACUGCUCAGCAGGGAAUCUAGUUUAAUAUUAUAUAGCAAGGCAUGUCCACCUUCAAAAAUUCCUGGCAUAAGAUGUACACAUUGGACAUCAUCCAUCCCUUCUUAAUCUGGAGUAAAGGACGUUCCCUGAAAGAAAUAGCUUCACUGUAGCCCAUAAGCUGUAGCUCUUCAAGUAGACAGCUACUGUUCACCUAAAGAUCUGUUUAUAUAUA